AUGAAGCUCCUCUUCAUCCUUCUCGGUGCAGUCAGUCUAGUAGCCGCCGCCCCAAUCCGCGACUCUCAAGCUCUUGAUGACUGGGACUGCAACUGGGCAUGCAAGUUGUUCAUCUCUUGGCCACCAUCGUCAGCAUCUUCUGCCACCUUGAGCGAAAACGAAAAAGAAGAAUUCAAGAUCGAGAGCGCCCGACGUCGAAGCACAGUGAAUGAACUCCACGUCAAUGGAAGACCAGGGACGUUUGCAGAGAGAGCACUUCGUAGGGCAGGGACAAGGUUGCGACGAGACAUGAAUGCUGGUGUCGCUGAAAGAGUUUAG